AUUUAGUGUGUGGACGACGAAAAAAGAAGGUGCAAGUGCAAACAACACCAUUUUUUGGCAAGACUCGCUCGCACACACAAUAUUGUAGCUUAUUUUUGGCCUAAACCCCGCUCCGAUGGUGCAUAAUUGAUGGCCGCCGAAGGCUACGCCAUCGAUCGCAGCUGGAAGUGACUGAAAAAAGAGUCUUGGAGAUGCAUUUGCAGAUGCUGUGCUGAGCGGAACGGAACGGCAAAACGGCCUUGAGUUUUUGUAGGGGCUUCAGAGAGCGUCGUCACAACAACAAUAUGAGAGUCAUUUACUGGGCCGGCAUCGUCGGAACCGUCAUCGUGGCCAUUUCGCUGUACUGGCCGCUGUUCUUCUACAUCUGUCUGUUUCUGCUGUACUCGCUGAUACUGAUUGCGCUGGCCAUCUUCGGCACGAUCUACGUCCACUACAAGCUUACGAACAAAGAGAGCACUCACAAUGCGAAAGACCUCCCGAACAACGUGCUGUACAACGCUACUAAGUCGCAACUCUUUGACCAGCCUUCCCCGCCGAAGAACGCCUCCAGCUUGCCGAUCAUUUUUGGGCGCACCGUGGACAGCUUGCUGCAGCAGAUCAUCGGAAACGCCAUGCGUGACGUUGUGAGUCCAGCGCUGGAGGAGAUCAUCGCGAAUCCACGACGAAUUGCCGACCUGCUCAAAGAGGACCUCUGGCUGGGAAUCGAGAAGCUGCACGAACGUGCCUCAAGAAUUGAUGCGCCCAAGAUGAUCGCGUGCGAUUUCGUGGUCAAGACUACGAUCCACCUGGAGAAGAUCAGAAUCGCGCAGGCUCGAGCGGUGGAACUUGGCACGGAUCCGGUGUUUGGAACGUCCUCGUAUCUCGCGACCACCGAGAAGGAGCUCGAGUUCCUGAAGAAGAUUUGCGAGAUUCUGAUCAUAUUCCUGCUCCCACGUGGGUACUCCCUGUCCCCGAUCAAGGACCUCCUGAGCGAGGUGAUCUCCUACAAGGUGCUCUUCCCGGCGAUCAAAUACCUAACGUCCCCCGACUUUAUCAACCAGCAGAUCGUGGAGUGCAUCGAGACGAAGCUGGUCGCGGUAGCGAUCCACAAGCGCAGCUACGAGUACGCCGCCAACUUUGAGGACUUUCUCAAGCUCAUCAACGGGAGUCAGACGACGGAGGAGCUGCAGUCGAUCCGGGGCAGCAUCGUCAGCGACAUCAUGCAGGCUACGACGAUGCAGAACCUGCAGCGAACGCGUGGCUUCGACAGUGACUUCUUCAUCGGGAAGGGCAGCGGAACGGGUGCUUCGGGAGAUUCGAGUGACGGACCGAGCCGGGCGGACAUAACAGCGGCGAUCAAGCUGAAGAAGUACAUUCAGCAGUUGUCGUUCGCGAAGGGACAGUGCGAAAAGUGUCUGUCCAAGUUCGGGUGGGACGGGAACGUGAGCAACGAUGUGGAUCUUUCGAUCUUGGACAUUCUCUCGACGGUGGCGGGGCGGAGGCACUUUACGAUCUUCCUGGAGCCGUUGAAGGCGGCGUCGCUGGUUGGGUUCUACACCACGGUUGAGGAGCUGAAGCACGCACAGAAGGCUUCUUGGCAUCAGCUGGGGGCGGAGAUUUUCUACACGUACAUCCGGUGUCCGAACUCGGAGGUUCCCGUGGACAAGGCGUCACGCAAGAAGAUGGAGUCUUUUCUGGUGGGGGAUGGCGGGACUGAGGUGUUCUUCGACGUGCAGCGAGAGUGCUUGGUGACAAUGGAGGAGAAGUACUACCAGCCGUUCUUGCUGAGCGAAGAGUACGCCAAGCUGAAGAGUUCGCUAACGCAGGAGGACUUUAAGGAGAUCACGCUGAACACGUACCUCUCGUCAAGUACCGAGAGUCAAGACGAAACCGCUUCGAACGCAUCGUCCGCGAGUGGGGACGUUGAUCCGGUGAUCAUGGAUUUGAGCAACCACUCGACGUACGCGAGGAACAAGCUGGAACAGCUGGACGAGAAGCUGGCGAACAAGAACCAAGCGCUGGAUGCGUUGAAGCAGUCGCUGAAGCCGGACUCGAAGCUGCUGGGGAUUCUGGAGAAGGAGAUCGACUGGUUGAAGGGUGAGAAGCGACAGCUGGAGUCGCACCUGCUGCGGACGGAAGUUUGGGGCGAUUAUCUGGGCAAGUGGCGAGCGAUCGUGGAGAGUGUGGACUUCUCCGACGACAAGGAACCUCAGCCGCAGUUCAUGAUCGUGGUUCAGGUGGACGAGGUGAACGACUGCGGCAAAGAGGACGUAAGCACUGCGAUGGACGCCGCCGAUAGCAUCUCCACCGGGUGGGUCGUGGUACGAUCGCUGGCACAGUUCCACGAUCUUCACCGCAAGUUACGACCGGUCUGCGCCGAUCUGAAAACGCUCGAUCUUCCCUCGAACAACGCAUUCAAGCUGUUCCUCCUGAAGAACGACAAAUCGCUACUGGAGAAGGCCAAGCAGCAGAUCCAAAAGUACUUGAACUUCAUCCUGGAGGACGACCACCUCAACCAGAGCGAAGCACUGUACGAAUUUCUCAGCCCCAGUUCGGAUCGACUCAAGCAGAGCACAAAUCCGUCACCUUCCAAAAAGGACAAGUCCAAGUUUUCGCUGGCAACCCUGUUCAAGGCCAACAGCGAAAAGCUCGAUCAGUUCUGGGGACCGCACUUCCGGUUGCACAGCGCCGACUUUGCCGACGACGAUCAGGUUUCGAUGUAUCUGGAAGGUUCCAGCGCGGAGAACGGCUCUUCCAAAGCCGCGACCGACGCCGACGCUAAAGAUUCAAUCGCCGAACCCCUGUACGCCCUGCUCGGCGAGAUCUUCGACAUGGGCGGCGUCUUCAAGUGGCUUCGCCGCAGCCUAAUCUCGUUCGUCCAGAUCACGUACGGCCAAACGAUCAACCGGCAGAUCCGCGAAUCCAUCAACUACCUGUUCGAGGAACCGAUGCUGCACACGUACGCCUCCACCGUGCUCAAAGCCCUCUGGCCCGGCGGCGUCCUCACCGUCAAGUCCGUCGAUCGCUCCGAAGACCAGCAGGAGAUGACCAUGAACGCGGCCAAGUCCCUCCUCCUGGACAACAUCCCGGACCUGCUCGGAAACCUGAUCGGCGCCCAGAACGCCCGCGCCGGCAUCAUGAAGCUCUUCGACAACGUCCAGAACCCGGUCUACAACAAGCAGCUGUUCUACGACCUGCUCGAAAUCCUGAUGCUCGAACUGUUCCCGGAGAUCCGCCAACUCAAGGUGCCCCCGAGCGUCGCGGCCGUCGCCGUCGUAGGCGGCUCCUCCGCCUCCACCCCGACCCACGGCCGCUCCGGAACCGGUGCUAGCGACUUUGGGCUCGCGUCAUCUUCGCACGUAACUCCCACCAGAAUCAUAUCAAGAAACUGAAUGACAAUGAAACGCAACGCAACGUAUGGACGAACCACCGAGAAAAACGGAAUCAAGCGAAUGGAACUAAUCAACUUGAGGGCGUUAUUUUGAUGUGUUUGACAGCUGCUUACCUUGCAUCUACCACAAAAGAGAGGUGAGCAACUGUCAAACGGUAAUGUCAAAAGGCGCUCACUAGCUAGUGUGUAACGUAAUGGUUGAAGUUACUUUCUCUAAGUUAGGCAGGCUUAUUUUAUACAAACACACAUUCCCUACAUUUAAGUAUUUAAGAGAGAGUGGAAAAAGGGUUACAUUCCACGUCACCACCACCUACCAGUCUAGUCCCCCACCACCACCAACACCCACACGGCAGUAACUGUUUAUGUGAAAAUAAUUGAAAUUAACAGAAGAAAACAUAAGAAACAAGUAAUCAUGUGUUGGUACUUAAUUGUGACUGUUCUAACCUUUAAGUGAUGUAGACGAGCUAAAUUGAUGAUCUCAUAAUUGGUACACAUAUAAAUUGGUAUUGAUAAUAAAGUAAAUUUGACAAUUGA